AUGGACAAAUUAACAAACAACCAAAUAACUUCGAUUCAUUUACUUAAUUUGAGUCAUUCGGUACCAUUAAACCCGUUAUCUAAGGUAUACAAGGAUACAUUUGCAGAUUUUACUAAUGAGAAAUGCAUUAAUUUGCCAGCAAAUUAUAUGGAAGAUACCUUCUGCGAUAAGUGUGAAAGUAUUUUUAUUCCAGGAAUUACAGUAUCUACAAGGAUAAUCUAUAAGAAAUCAAAGUCAGGUACUGUAAGUAGACGUAGAUUAUUAAGAUAUACAUGUCUUGAAUGUUACCAUAAAUCAGAUCGUGCAUUAGAGAUGCCCACUUCAAAGCGCUCUACUCCGAUACCGAACAGCGGUACUGAUACAGAAGCAAAUAAUAAAAGUUCAAAACCCGAAGAAUUCAAGGCUACAUGGCCUAAGUCCGAAACAUCAAAGUCUAAGCAAAGGCUAAAGAAACGGAAGCAAAAUAAUUUAUCCAAUUUGUUAGCAAUGAAGAAAAAGGAAAAAGAGAAUGAAUCUAAACAGUUUAACUCUCUAAGCUUAAUGGAAUUUAUGAAUAAAUGA